AUGAUUUUCAGACCAUACCACACACUUACUACUAUCGUCACCUCCGAGGAGAAGGAUGUGCUUCCACAAGAAUCGGCUGAAAGCUUGACUCCGGUGUUUGUCUACGGUACCCUUUGCGCUGUUCCCCUUCUUGCAUGGGCUUUGAUGGGGGACGCCUCCCAGACUGAUGCCGUCAAGAGGCUCAUCCGCCCUGCAAGAAUUGAAGGGUUUGCUCGAUAUGGUGUAAAGAGUUGCGACUAUCCCGCUGCUGUAAAAUGCGACGGGUCAGAGAUUCGCGGCUACCUCGUCACAUUUACCAACUCAUCUCAGCGUAAGAAAUUGGAUGAUUUCGAGGGAGAGAUUUAUAGCCCGACAUAUCUUACGGCUCAAAUUUUGAACCAAAAUGGAGAAACUUCCAGACAAUAUGUUGAUGCAGAGACAUACCUAUGGAAUGGUUCACUGGAAAAUCUCACUAUGGAGCCUUGGGACCUGGAAGGUUUCAUCGAGGAGAGAUUAGAAGAUUGGCUAGACUUAUUUGAUGGGAUGGAGCUGCCCUUGUCGCCUAAGUCCGACUGUUUCGAGGCAAUUAAGAAGAUCCUGGACACUAUCUCCCCUUUCUACAAGCUGGUCGACGUUGCAAGUAAUUGUAUAUUCGAUAAGCUUGCGCACGAAUAG